CAGUUUUCGUCUUUUGUCGGCUCUCAAAAUAUGAGAACAAAUAUGUGAAAUUUAUUGAAUGUUGUAAAGUGAAUAGAAAAGGAAGGGAAUAUCUUGAAAAUACCAGAGUUAAGGCAAUGGACCAAGCACAGCUGGAUAAUGUUGCAGAGAAACUGGACAUCAAGUACAGUGUUGUGGACAAUCUAAAAGAUGGUAAAUCAACAUACAGAUCUCAAAUUGUCCUUACCAAUAAUUCGGAUUUUCCACUGGACUACAAAGGCCAGUGGAAAAUCUAUUUCUGCCACAUCCGUAUGGUGGAACCAGGAAUGCUACCCAAGCACAACGAAGCGGAGAAGAAGAAAGAGGGGGUCAGGUUUUCCCAUGUCAAUGGGUGCCUGUUUACUUUGGAACCUAUGAAGACUUUCAAGACAUUAGAGAAAGGUGAAAGUAUAACAAUCAAGUUUAAGUGUCAAUAUUAUUGUGUAGCAAGAACAGAUUUGUUACCAAAUUGGUAUAUUGUUUCUGGGAAUUUAGAACCUCGAAUUAUCAAAUGUACCAGUAUGCCUGACUUGGGCUUUGUUGAGCAUUUUGAUAAACCAGAAAAGUGGAAAAGAUUUCAUUAUAAACAAGAAAAUGGAGUGAUGAGAAUAGACAAGUAUGAUCCCUAUACCCCAGGGAAGAGAUUCGAGAGGAAUACAGUGGAGGACCUUGGGAAGCCAGGGACGCCUGUACUGCCAACCCCAGUGAAGGCUUCUUAUGACUGGGAAAAAACUGCCGUUUUGUCCAUGGAUAAUUUUACAAUUUUCUGUGAUGCAAAAUUAGAGAAUGAAGCUUUAUUUCUUAAAGAAAAACUAGGGCUGGAAUGCAAAAUCUCAAAUGACAAAAAUUCCAUACCAUCAUCUAAAGUUAUAAUGCUGACACUUCAAGAUACAAAAGAUGGUGCCCCAGCCUCUUCCUACAAACUCUUUGUUAACCCUGAACUCUCUUCAGUUAAAAUUGAGGCCAUUGACCCAGAUGGGGCAUUUUAUGGUAUCCAAUCAUUCCUUUCCAUAUUGGAAAAUGAGGAAGUGCCAAAAAUAGAACUUGAAGAUUAUCCAAGGUUUCCAUACAGAGGCAUGCACUUGGAUGUUUCUCGGAACUUUCAUGGCAAACAUCAAGUUAUGAAACUACUGGAUGUCAUGGCCAAAUAUAAGAUGAACAAAUUCCACUUCCAUUUGACGGACGAUGAAGGGUGGCGUCUGGAAAUUCCUGGACUGGAAGAACUUACAGAAAUUGGAAGCAAGAGAGGUCAUGACCUUACAGAGAGGACCUGUAUAUUACCUAUGCUAGGUUCAGGGCCUCACUUGACCUCCUCAGGGACUGGCUUCUACUCAGUAGAGGACUAUCAAGAAAUCCUACAGUUUGCCAGACGUAGGCAUAUUGAAGUCAUCCCAGAAAUUGACAUGCCUGGUCAUAGUCAUGCAGCCAUUAUGGCAAUGAAAGCCCGUUACUACAAAUACAAGAAGACAGGUGAUAUGAAAAAGGCAGAGGAGUUCCUGCUUUGUAGUGUGGAUGAGUCUUUACAUGCUCAGUCUGUACAGAUGUUUUCGGAGAAUUCCAUGGAUCCUGGAUUGGAAUCUACAUACAGGUUUGUGGAUAAAGUGGUAGCAGAGGUGCAGAAGAUGCAUGAGCCAGUUGCACCUCUAAAGACUUUUCACUUUGGAGGUGAUGAGGUUCCAUAUGAAACUUGGGAAGAUUCAGAAGCAUGUAAAGCAUUGGUCAAAAGUAGAAAAGUUAAGGGUUUCUCCAAACUAAUGGAAUAUUUCGUAAAGCGAGUGGCAAAAAUUGUGGCUAAGCAUGACUUGAUCAUGGGGGCAUGGCAGGAUGGGGUGAUCCAUGAUGAAGUGUUCUUAGAGCCAGUUGACAGGUCAGAAUUUCCCAACAAAGAAGUCCAUGUGUACACCUGGCAGAAUGUUUGGGAGUCAGGUUUAUCUGGAUGUGCAUAUAGAUUGGCUAACAAUGGCUACAAGGUUGUGAUGGCUCAAGGCACCCACCUCUAUUUUGACCACCCCUACGAACCGGACCCAGAGGAGCGGGGACUGUACUGGGCCUGUCGGUUCUGUGAUACCAGGAAAACGUUUGGCUUUAUGCCAGAUAACAUCUACGCCAACGCAGAUGUCAAGCUGACCGGUGACCCCAUUAGUAUGGACACUUUAUUGACUAAGCACCCAGAGGACCAUGAUCCUCUGAAAGAGCAUGGAAAUAUUCUAGGAAUGCAGGGACAUUUGUGGACUGAAUUAGUGAGAACCUCAAAUGAGAUGGAUGCUAUGAUUUUCCCUCGACUGCUGGCCGUAGCUGAACGGUCAUGGCACAAGGCAUCAUGGGAAGAUGUGGAGGACAGCAUGUCAAGGGGAGCCAGACUGAACAAGGACUGGGCAGUUUUUGCCAACAAUUUGGGAUACAGGGAACUUAAGGUGUUGGACAGGCUGGGUGUGUCAUAUCACCUCACCCCUCCAGGGGCAAGAAUUGUGAAUGGAGAGCUGGAAAUGAAUGCAGUUUAUCCAGGGCUUCCUCUGUUCUAUAGUCUGGAUGAUGGAAAAACAUGGCUUCCAUAUGAAAAGAAAGUGAAAGUAGAUUUAGAAUCCAAAAUUAAACUAAUGUCCAAGUCAGCUGAUGGAAAGAGGGAAAGCAGGGUUGUGAUUUUAGACCCUACUGCAGCUGAAGGGUAGAAGAAUGGACAGGUUUACAAAGCUUCUCAGGAUCACACUUAAAUCAACCCUUAAAGUAUUGAAUUCUGUAUAAUCUUUGACCAUAUACAUGUACUCACAAAUGUGGAAGAAUUUAUAUACUCCACAUUUCAUUUAUUUACCUUUUUAAUUAAUGUUUUUUUUAAGAUCUACAUUACUUUUCUUUUUGCAAAUGUUUGUUUAACAAUUGAACAAAGUAAUUAUAUUUAUUUGUAGUCUAUGAUGAUAUUUUUUUGCCAAAGAACAAUAUUCUACCCCUAUGCACAAAAUGCCCUCAAAUCUUCAAAUCUUCAAAAAAAAUGCAACCACUUAUUUAUGUUAAGGAUUUUCUCCUCGGUCUGUACAUGUCUAAAGGAUAAUGACGUCCACCAUCUUUUAUGCUCUACAAAGUGCUAUAGCAUGUGUAACAUGGAAAAAGUUCUCACUUGAAAAAAUAUUUCAAAGUAUUUUUCCCCCCAAACUUAAUAUACUCAGUACGUUGGAAAAAACAACCAGUAUGUAUGUAUUAAUUAAAAUUCCAUAGUGUAAUACCAUUAGUACAUGUAACCAUUUUAAAAUCACUUAUGGAUAAAACCAUUGUAAAUUAUGACUGCAAUUCCAUAACCUCAGAGUCUUUGUUACUGUGUAUUGAACAAUUUUCAUAUCAAGUUUUUAGCUCACCUGAGCCCAAGGCUCAAGUGAGCUUUUCUGAAUGCAGGAUGUCUGGCAUUUGUCGUCUGUAAAUUUUUUACAUUUUCAACUUCUCAAGAACCACUGGGACAAUUUCAAGCAAACUUGCCAAAUAUCAGCAUUCUUGUGUGAAGGGGAUUAAAAGUUUGUUUAAAUGAUGGGCCAUGCAUAUGCCCUCUUUCAAGGGUAGAUAAUUAAUAAUUAUUCAAAAAUUAAUGACAUUAUUUAAAAAUCUUCUUCUCAAUAACCACUGGACCAGAAAAUAUGAAACUUAUGUAAAAGCUGUAUUACAUAGUGUAGAUUCAAGUUUGUUCAAAUAAUGAUACCAUGAUUAGUCAUAGGGAAGCAUCCUCAUGAUCAGGUAGUGUAAAUUCAAGUUUGUUCAAAUCAUGACCUCGGGGUGGGGCCACAAUAGGUAGUCAAAGUUUUACAUAGGAAUAAAUAGGAAAUAUCUUUAAAAAUCUUCUUCUUCAGAACAGCAAAGCCAUGAUUAGUCAUGUUUAUAUAGAAGCAUGCUCAGGUAGUGUUGGUUCAAUUUUGUUCAAAUCAUGACCCCCUCCCCAGCUGCUCACAAGGGGGAUGGGGGGAUCACUUACAUAUUGAAACCUUUCAAUACUGAACUGAUUUCUGCUUUUCUCUAGCCAAAAGUGCUCAGGUGAGCAAUGUUGCCCAUGGACCUUUUGUUGAUAAAUAUUAUAUGCAAGUGAAAUGCAAAGAAUUAUGGUUAGAAUUGAAAGCAAUGCCCCAGAACAACUUAGAUAUUUACUUACACAUGUAAGAAUUUAACUGAUUUUUUUCUCCUCUAGUCUUUUUUUCAUCUAUGUGUAUAUUGUGAUAUAGUAGCUUAGAUGUUAUUUUCAAAUAGAUUUUCUUUGUAUUUUGUUACAAUAUAAGGAAAAAGCAAAGUGCUUUAUGUCACAUGCUCAUCAUUUAAUUCAAAAAUUUUAGAAAUUACUUUAAA